AUGAGUUCCUCUAUCAAGGCAUUGAUCGAGCAAAAACGUGAGGAAUGGGUGAAAGCUCAUAAUAAAGCUCUGACAAAUGGUGAUGAAGAAAAACCAGCGCCAGACGACGAAACAGCAAAUGUUGACGAUGAUUUCUAUGGAGCAGGAUUACUACUAGAUGAGGUACGGUCGCGGCGUAAAGGUCGUGUCUCAACCUCUACCAGUACGAUAGCUGCAAAAGUAGUGCCUUCACGUCAUUCUGAACGUUUAGCGGUACCCCAUCAUAAUAAGUCUAGUAACUCCCCGAGAAAAACUGUAUCUGGUCGCCGUAUCAUUGCACCUAAGUCGCUUUCUUCACCAAAUCUCUCUUCUCCAUCACGUAAUUUACGUUCUGCUACUCCAAUGUCUCCUGUAAAAUCAGCUGCGCAAAAUGCUGCGCGAUCUGCGGUUCGAAGAGCUGCUGCUAGGGUAGCGGCUGCUGUUGCUGCUACAUCUGAUGGGCAGCGUAGAAAGGGUAGAGGCAGAAAGAAGAGUCCUACUCCAUCGUCUCCGUCUCCACCACAGCUUUCACCACCACAAAAUCAUGAAGCAAAAAAGAAGCGUGUUCGUCAGGCAAAGUUAGAAAAGGAUGAAGAGCCAGUCAAACCGCAGCCCGCAUCCUCUCCACAGGUUUCCCAGAAAUCUGCGUCAGUGCUAAAAUCGGACGCCCCACCAGUCACUGCUCCGAACAGGUCGCCUCCAAAGCUGUCAACACCAUCUAUAUGCAUUCGCCCCUCAACUAUUGUUGGCAGUGUGCUCACCUCACCUGCUAGUUCAUCCUCAGCUUCUUCGUCAUCCAUGCCGCCACCUCCGCUUCGUCCUCUUGCGGUUACUGUUCCAACAUCUCCUUUCAAGACGAAUUCAUCUCCUCAGGCUCGCUUUCCCGUUCGCACUAUCUCGCGCAUCUCAAAUCAGAACUCUAUUAUCUCAUCGCGCCCUCCUUCUAUCCAAUCCUCGCCGGUACGUCUCCCCGUUCGCAUUUUGCAUACUUCACCAUCAGUUCCUCGCCCACCUAGUCUCAAUGGUCAGUCUGUUCAUCAUUCCUCUCCUAUACUAGUCCGAAGGGCUAACAUAGUUAGGCCUCCUAUGCUGGCACCGCCGACAAAUCGACCCCAGCAGCGUUAUGUUGUUGUUAGUCGCGGGGCCAACAACACCGUUGUCAUGCCGGUACGGUCAGCUUCGAAUCCUGUAGUACGAGCAGGUCCAACAGCAGUGCCAGUUCGACGGUUAAUUGUACAACCGAGGAACUCGGGGAUGGUCACAGCCCAGCCGAGGAUUAUUCAACGGCCGGGACUAGGCGAAUACGAGAGGCCGAGGCUGCAAUUUCGCACAAAUCGCGCUGGACAAUCGCAGUCAGAUGCCUCUUCAUCCUCCUCAACUUCGGGGCAACAAUAG